GUAUUUUAUUUGUUUUAAACUUUCAUUUGUACUAGAAUUGAUUAAGUAUACAAAAAUUGAAAUAUUAAUUAUAUUUGUUAUUGGAGUGAAGUCAUAAUUUAAAAAAUGGCAAAUGAUAGAGAAGUCUUAAGGGUGAUUUGGGAAUAUCAACUUCCAGUAUGUUUUCAAGCUGAUCCAGAUGAAAUUGUUGGCUUACAACAACCAGAACCAUUUUAUUUGCUAGUAUCAAGGCUUUCAUACCUGCCAUUAGUAACUGAUAAGGCUCGUAAAUAUUUUACACGCUAUAUUUCCAAUGAACAGCAAGAAGGUGAUGUUUGGUUCGAUUAUAAUGGGAUCCCAUUGAAACUUCAUUUUCCUAUAGGCGUGCUAUAUGAUUUAACACACCGUGAAGAAGAAUUGCCUUGGCCUUUAACUAUACAUUUUACAAAAUUUCCAGAAGAUACAUUAGUAAAAUUCUCUACUAAAGACGUACUCGAAUCUCAUUUUAUGUCUUGCCUAAAAGAAGCUGAUGUUUUAAAGCAUCGUGGCCAAGUUAUAUCGGCUAUGCAAAAGAAAGAUCAUAAUCAAUUAUGGUUGGGUCUAGUAAAUGAUAAAUUUGAUCAAUUUUGGGCUGUUAACAGACGACUAAUGGAAACAAGUGGAGACCAGGAAUGCUUCAAGCAUAUUCCAAUAAAAUUUUAUAAUGAGGAUGGUACGUAUAUUCAAAAAUUAAUUUCACCUGUUUGUGAAUCUGGUCAAAAAAGAAUAUUAAAAGAUUUACUGUCGGAUCUUUCACAAAAUGAAAAACAAGCAAUUGGAAUACGAACUCAUGGCAUUGAUGUACAUGAAGACACUCCAUUACAAUGGAUGUCUGAGCAUUUAAGUUAUCCAGAUAAUUUUUUGCAUUUAUUUGUUGUAUACGAGGCGGCUGCUGUAUGCUAAAAACGAAAAAGGAAUGAGUUAAGUGGAAAAAUGUAAAAAAAAUAUAUAUUUUCUAUAAUUCUAUUUUACGUAUUUGUAUUCCUCCCAAAAAAAAAAAAAAGAAAAACUGGAAUAUUUUUCAUUUGUGCCAGUUAAAGUGAUAAAAAUUAAGAACGUUUUGAAAAAAAAUUUACAACGUUUUGUAUUCAAAAUGUAAAAUUAUUUUAAAUAAUAAUUGAUUUAAUUUCCAUUUAUAAUAAAGCCUCGCAAUGCGCAUUAUAAACUGGAAAGUAUACAUAAUAUGUAUUUAAAAAAAAAAUAUAUUGUAUUUUUAAAAAUGCAAUUUUCAAAGUUGAAACGUUAUGGCUUCGAAAACUUCACAUGUAUUUUAAAUUUACAAUGAUUUAAAAGUUUGAAAAUUUUUAACUUUAAGAAAUGUAUUUUUAAUAAUACAAAUGAAUAGUCAUGGAUUAAAUUAGUAAUAUGAGUGCAAUGAUGAAUAUAAUUGGGUCCAAGUAAUAUUAUAAAUACAUACUUCACAUUUCAUUUCAAAUAAAGAAGGUGUGAACCAGAUAAAAAAGUUUUAAGAAUGAUUUUGAAAAAUUACACAAGAAGCGCUCAAGGCUUUGCAAUUCCAAAUUUAAGAUUUUAAAAGAUUUUUUUCAAAAAAUAAAUUUAGAAAUUUUUAGGGAAUUGUGCCAACACCUCUAAUUAGUUUUAUUUAAAUCAAAUAAUUGUUGAAAGGAGCAAGUAUGGAAGUUUAUAAAACGAAACUUUUCAAAAGAUAAGAUUUUCAGGAUGAGCCGAAUAUACAUAUAUUCUGGAGUUGGUUUAAUACGCAAUAACAUUGAAAAUACUCUUACAUUUAAAAAAUUCUCGUAUAAUAUUUCAAUUACAAUCUCAAAACAUAUAUGUGUAUUUGAAAGUUUUAAAAUGGAGAAGUCGGAACACAAAUUAAUUUCUAAAAAUUUAAUUGCAAAUUUCAAAAAUAAAAACACCAUCAUCUCCAAAUUUUCAAAAUGUGUAUGCUAGGAUUAAAUUGUUUUCAGUUUCCUUUUAAAUGUUUUAUGAAUUGAUUUUAAAUUUCGGAAUUGUUUUAGAUUUUUCUAAAGAAUUAAGAUACGAAUUAAAAUUUAUUAUUAAUUCAUUAUUAAUAUGAUCUGAACAAGAAAAUUAUAUUCAUCAUUAUAUAGAAAUUGGAUUUUAUGUACG